CAUAGCAUUCUGACGUUGGGAGCAAUGCACCUUUCGCAUUUUCUCCCUCCAGAUGGAAGAACCAUAACAGAUCGAAAAGGCAGCGGGGACUGGGGGGAAAGACUGAUGUGAAAGGAGAUUUCUAGAAGGACAAGAAGAUAAACGCACUCUUGGAAAAAACAACCAAUGGAAGAGGUGAAAAUAAGCUGUUCAAAUGUCCUUGCAAUGAUCCGUUUUGCAAACGUUUAUUCGUUGUGAAAAGGGACAUUCUGGAAACUAUGAAUCAAGGAUAGCAGUACAGUCACAUUUAACAGCUGCAUGGCUGUCCAAAGCGCAAACAUGAAAGGAUGACAUGGAAAUCAGAACAGCCGACUGAAAGACUACUGCUUUCUUACGCUCAUAUAGAUGGAGAGACAGUGCUUGUGAACGAUGUAUACUGGAAGAGAGAUGAACAUUAGGUAGCGUCGGUAAAUAUCCAAGGAAACUGGAAGGAAAGUGGACAGUAAAGAAUAGCUGGUGGGGAGCUGUCAAAAGGAUGGAUUUUAGCGUACUACGGAAUCUCAUCAGUAGAUACUGUGCUGGGGAGGAGUACUGGGUGGACAGCCGGACAGUAUACAUCGGUCACAAAGAACCCCCGCUGGGGGCCGAUGCCUACAUCCCUCAGCGUUAUCCCGACAACCGCAUUGUCUCUUCCAAGUACACCUUAUGGAACUUCAUCCCCAAGAACCUGUUUGAACAGUUCAGAAGAAUCGCCAACUUCUACUUCCUGCUCAUCUUCCUGGUCCAGCUCAUCAUAGACACGCCCACCAGCCCCGUCACCAGUGGACUGCCUCUAUUCUUUGUCAUCACCGUCACUGCCAUUAAACAGGGUUAUGAAGACUGGCUGAGACACAAGGCAGACUGCAGUAUAAAUGAGUGUCCUGUGGACGUGGUGAAGGAAGGGACGGUGGAGAGGACACAGAGUCACAAGCUACGGGUGGGGGACAUUGUCAUGGCGAGGGAAGACGAGACGUUCCCCUGUGACCUCAUCCUGCUCUCAUCCAGCCGCGAUGACGGAACUUGCUACGUCACCACCACCAGCCUGGAUGGCGAGUCCAGCCACAAGACCUACUAUGCUGUACCAGACACCAUGGUCUUUAAGACAGAGCAGGAGGUGGACUCUCUGCAUGCGACUAUUGAAUGUGAACAACCACAGCCUGACCUCUACAAAUUUGUGGGGCGCAUCAACAUUUAUAAGGAAAGUGAAGAUCCCAUAGCCAGACCCCUGGGAGCUGAGAACCUUCUCCUCAGAGGAGCCACCCUGAAGAACACAGAACACAUUUAUGCUGUAGCCAUCUACACGGGCAUGGACACCAAGAUGACGCUGAACUACCAGUCCAAAUCCCAGAAACGCUCCGCUGUAGAAAAGUCUAUGAAUGCAUUCCUCAUAGUGUAUCUGUGUAUCCUGAUCAGCAAAGCGGUCAUUAACACAGUUCUGAAGUACGCGUGGCAGGGGUCUGCUGACCACGACCAGCCCUGGUACAAUCACAGGACCGAGAUCGACAGAGAACGCCACGUGGUGAUCAGGGCGUUCACAGACUUCCUGGCCUUCAUGGUGUUGUUUAACUACAUCAUUCCAGUCUCCAUGUACGUUACCGUGGAGAUGCAGAAGUUCCUGGGGUCUUACUUCAUAGCCUGGGACAAGGAUAUGUACGAUGAUGAGCUGGGGGAGGGGGCUCAGGUCAACACAUCAGACCUCAAUGAAGAGCUGGGACAGGUGGAGUAUGUGUUUACUGAUAAGACGGGCACGUUGACAGAGAACAACAUGGAGUUUAUAGAGUGCUGUGUGGACGGACUCGUGUAUAUCCCCCACGCCAUCUGUAAUGGACAGAUCCUCAGUGCUGCUUCCAGUAUAGACAUGAUCGACUCCUCACCUGGAGGAGACCACAGGGAGCAUGAGGAGCUGUUCUUUCGGGCUCUGUGUCUGUGCCACACGGUGCAGGUGAAGGAGGAGGAGACAGUGGACAGCAUCAAGAGAGGGAUCCACCAGGGAAAACCCACCUCCUUCUACAUAUCAUCUUCUCCUGAUGAGGUGGCAUUGGUGGAGGGCAUGAAGAGGUUGGGGUACACAUAUCUAAGACUCAAAGACCGUCAUAUGGAGAUUCUCAAUAAGGAGGAUGAGAUUGAGAGGUUUGAGCUGCUACACGUGCUGAACUUUGACUCUGUCAGGAGGAGAAUGAGCGUCAUUGUCAAGUCUAGUGCAGGGGAGUACCUGUUGUUCUGUAAGGGGGCUGACUCCUCCAUCUUCCCCAGAGUGGUGUCAGGGAAGGUGGGGCAGGUGCGGGCGCGGGUGGAGCAGAACGCUCUGGAGGGCUUGCGGACCCUGUGUGUGGCAUACAGAAGUCUCUCCCUAGCAGAGUACGAGGAGGCGUGUCAUCAGCUGAGCGACGCCAAGCUAGCCCUGCAGGACAGGGAGCAGCGACUGGCGCAGGCUUAUGACCUCAUCGAGAGGGACUUCAUCCUGCUGGGGGCCACGGCUGUGGAGGACAGGCUCCAGGAGAAGGCAGCAGACACCAUUGAGUCUCUCCAUAAGGCUGGGAUGAAGGUGUGGGUCCUGACGGGGGACAAGAUGGAGACAGCGGCUGCUACAUGUUAUGCUAGCAAGCUGUUCCGCCGCUCCACCCAAAUAUUGGAGCUGACCAAGAAACGAACCGAGGAACAGAGUCUACAUGAUGUUCUGUUUGACUUGAGCAGAACCGUACUGAGACAGCGCUCCCUGUCGCGGCUGUCUGUAGACUGUCAGGACUACGGUCUGAUCAUCGAUGGGGCCACCCUGUCUGCGGUGCUGAAGCCCAGUCCAGAGAGCUCUGGCUCUGGGAACUACAGAGAGAUCUUCCUGGAGAUCUGUAGGAACUGCAGCGCCGUUCUCUGCUGCCGCAUGGCGCCCCUCCAGAAAGCACAGAUUGUGAAGCUGAUCAAGGCGUCUAAGGAGCACCCCAUCACUCUGGCCAUCGGAGACGGAGCCAACGACGUCAGCAUGAUCCUCGAGGCACAUGUGGGCAUAGGCAUCAUUGGUAAGGAGGGUCGCCAGGCAGCGAGGAACAGCGACUAUGCCAUCCCAAAGUUUAAACACCUGAAGAAGAUGCUGCUAGUUCACGGCCACAUCUACUACAUCCGCAUCGCUGAGCUGGUGCAGUACUUCUUCUAUAAGAAUGUGUGCUUCAUCUUCCCUCAGUUCCUCUAUCAGUUCUUCUGUGGAUUCUCUCAGCAGCCCCUGUACGACACAGCCUACCUGACACUGUACAACAUCAGCUUCACCUCCCUGCCCAUCCUCCUCUACAGCCUCAUAGAGAAACACGUCAGCAUAGAGACACUGAAGAGCGACCCCACUCUGUACAGGGACGUAGCUAAGAACUCUCUCCUGCGCUGGCCCGUGUUCCUGUACUGGACAUGCCUGGGCUUAUUCGACGCCUGUAUCUUCUUUUUUGGUGCCUACUUCCUGUUUGACAACACCACCUUCACUAGCAACGGACAGCUUAUGACCACCAACACACAGAUGAUGUUUGGGAACUGGACUUUCGGGACUCUCGUCUUUACAGUGCUGGUGUUCACGGUCACGCUCAAGCUUGCCUUGGACACACACCACUGGACCUGGAUCAACCACUUUGUCAUCUGGGGCUCCCUGCUUUUCUAUGUCAUCUUCUCACUGCUCUGGGGAGGCAUCAUCUGGCCUUUCCUGAACUACCAGAGGAUGUACUAUGUGUUCAUGCAGAUGUUGUCCAGCGGUCCGGCUUGGCUAGGCAUCAUCCUGCUCAUUAUGGUCAGCCUGCUGCCUGAUGUGGUCAAGAAGGUCCUCUGCAGAACACUGUGGCCCACCGCCACCCAUCUUGCACAGUCCAAUCGCCCGUGCCUUACCGUGGAGCCGUCCACCAUCUUCGUGCUUUCUCAGUCCGAUGGCAGAUUGAGUUUCUGAUUGGCCGAGAGACGUCAGAGGAGGAGGACGUUGACAAGCUGUGGCAGGGCAGUGUAGCAGAGUUGACCCCCGUGCUCUCAUGCCCUUCUGGCCCUUCCUCCAAACGGAAGUGUACUGACUCCUCCCACCUCCACGUCAGGGUUCCGAUGCCCCUCCCACUCCGCAGGUCUGAGUCCUUCCCCCACAAACUACUAUUGGCCCACUGGACUGAUUGGGGCGGGGCAGACCGCUGCACCCUCAGCCCCUACAUGCUCCGCCUCUCAGGGGCUGGCUUUGCCUACUACACACCGGGGCCAGAGACCUUUGUGUGACACACACUCACACACACGCAGGCUAAUGUGUGUACACACAAACCGAUGUGUUCACAAAAGAUGUGCACUCACACAGAGACCAAUGUGAUCUAAAUUUACAGCUUACCAUGGAUGUGGAAGGAUUUGUAUUCCACUCAUAAACAAUGCAAACACACACACACACACACACAUUUGCAAAAUAAUUCACACAUACUGAAAAACAUAAAACAUCUUCACACAAUUCACCAUGUGCAUAGUCAGCCAUUCAGAUACACCCCUCCCCCAAUCUGCCUCCCACCGGUCCUGUCCAUCCCAUUUCAGUGUGGUCCUGAUCCCAGUCCAGUCCAUUCCAUUUCAGUGUGGUCCUGAUCCCAGUCCUGUCCAUCCCAUUUCAGUGUGGUCCUGAUCCCAGUCCAGUCCAUUCCAUUUCAGUGUGGUCCUGAUCCCAGUCCUGUCCAUCCCAUUUCAGUGUGGUCCUGAUCCCAGUCCUGUCCAUUCCAUUUCAGUGUGGUCCUGAUCCCAGUCCUGUCCAUCCCAUUUCAGUGUGGUCCUGAUCCCAGUCCAGUCCAUUCCAUUUCAGUGUGGUCCUGAUCCCAGUCCUGUCCAUUCCAUUUCAGUGUGGUCCUGAUCCCAGUCCUGUCCAUCCCAUUUCAGUGUGGUCCUGAUCCCAGUCCUGUCCAUUCCAUUUCAGUGUGGUCCUGAUCCCAGUCCAGUCCAUCCCAUUUCAGUGUGGUCCUGAUGCCAGUCCUGUCCAUUCCAUUUCAGUGUGGUCCUGAUCCCAGUCCUGUCCAUCCCAUUUCAGUGUGGUCCUGAUCCCAGUCCAGUCCAUUCCAUUUCAGUGUGGUCCUGAUCCCAGUCCUGUCCAUUCCAUUUCAGUGUGGUCCUGAUCCCAGUCCUGUCCAUUCCAUUUCAGUGUGGUCCUGAUCCCAGUCCUGUCCAUUCCAUUUCAGUGUGGUCCUGAUCCCAGUCCAGUCCAUCCCAUUUCAGAGUGGUCCUGAUCCCAGUCCUGUCCAUUCCAUUUCAGUGUGGUCCUGAUCCCAGUCCUGUCCAUUCCAUUUCAGUGUGGUCCUGAUCCCAGUCCAGUCCACACCUCUACUCUGUUCUGCUACUCUAUAAUCCAUGUUAAAAUACUUGAAUCCAACAUUGACACCAGUGGUGUUAAACGCUGAACACACGGAGGUGUUCAGUGUGUGAAUGUGCGUCCCUUCUACACUAAAGAAUUGUGUAUGAAAAGGACCAGACUUUUCUGUUUCUAUUUUAUUAACUGUCUCUGUCUUCUUCUUUUUCUCUGUCUCUCAAAUAUACUCAUUUUGUUGAAAUAACAGGAGUUGCUUCGCAAAAUGUUCUGGGGAGAAAGACAUCUGUUAUUCACUGUGUGUGUGUGUGUGUGUGUGUGUGUGUGUGUGUGUGUGUGUGUGUGUGUGUGUGUGUGUGUGUGUGUGUGUGUGUG